AUGACAACGAUGCUUGCAUCCCUUCCUCAGGCGCAUACCGAGGUGAUUACGUCUCUGCAGUUUUCUCCUCAUCAAAGCUCUGUCUUUUGCUCCACAUCGGGAGAUCACACCGCGGCGUUGUGGGAUUGGCGUCAGGCCACCUCCGACUAUGGAAUCGCACGCCUCGCACACCACCAGGGUCCUGUGAACCAUGCCCUGUUCCUUGAAGAAGACGAAAAAGUGCUGUUGACGGCGUCAGAUGAUCGUACGAUUGCGUACUGGGAUGUACGUGAAUUGAGUGUGCCGGUCGGAAGGAUUGGCGAUUUUGGUGACGGAAUCAAUAAAAUGUUACGAGUCCCUGCGCCUGGUGCCAACGGUGGCAGUCGCUGGCUGCUGGCAAGCGCCUGUGAUGACGGGAUGGUCUACAUUAACUCGCUCAGUCCAGAGAAUGGUGUGUGGCAGCAGCACAACUGUCAAGGACAAGGGACGAAUGUGUCAAACACGGCUGUUGUCGGAACGAUGGUGGAUCGUUUCUGGGCAUCGACGAGCACCGUGAACGAUCUUGUGUUGUCCCCGAACCCGAGCAUGCUGCUUACAGCCUCGGAGGAUUGUGCGGUGCGGUUGUGGAAUAUUGUUGCAGAUGCGCGGGCUACAACCGAAGAUCGACUUGUAGCCUCCUUUGAGGAGUUUGAUAAUCCAGUUAACCACAUUGCCGUGUUUUGCAACGACAUUCACGCUGAAGGAGGCCAGUCUCCGCCGGAAGCAGGUGGUUGUUGGUUGUACGCCGCCUGCUCAGAGUUUGUGUUUGCUGUCGAUAUAGAUUCUGUAACCGGUGCGUUUGGGGAGGGUGCCCGCACCUUCGUGGGCCACCAGGACUACGUGCGUGGUCUGGAGUUCAUCGACCACAAUACACUUCUGACGGUCUCCGAUGAUGCCACUGCGAUUGAGUGGUCGUUGGCCACCGCGGAGCCCGUUCGCCAGGUGAAACUGCAUGAGGGGCUCGUGAUGGCAUCCGCGACGUCCGCAGCGAAGGAUGUGCUGCUGACAGGGACAGACAGCGGUGAGUUGCGGGUAUGGCAGCUACCGUUCAAAACGGAGAUGUGCAACCGGGGGGCACCACACGGCCAUUAA